CCUCGUAUGGCAUUAGACGCUCGUGUAAACAAUAGCAGCGGUGCUGGUGUUUGUAAAAUUCAUUCGUAAAACCCCGCUACCUAUUGCGUAAAGUGCUUCACCAUACACCCGCUUAUUCGGUGGGGAGGGAUAUGCGUAUUGAAAUCCCGUUUCUUCUGUUGUUCCCAAGUGUUAAAAUUUCAUUCGUGAAACUCACUUGCGCUAGUGACCACGUUGACUUGUUGCGUACCUGUCAUCUGUAGCGGCGUUUUCUUAUUUUGCCUUGUCUGCAUAAUCGUGUGCAUCAACUGUUGCCUUUCCGUGCAUUCCUAACCUUAUCAGUGCAUUUAUUGCAUUUCAAUUUUGACGAACUGAGAGUGUUAUAGAAACAUAACGUGUCGUGUAACAUCAUACCCUCAGCUUGAAUCAAAAUGACUUCAGCACCAACAGAAGUUUUCAUCGUAUCGGCCGCCCGAACCCCGAUCGGCAAUUUCAUGGGAACACUCGCCUCGCUCAGCGCCGCCGAUCUUGGUGCCGUGGCUGUGAAAGGAGUGCUGCAACGUGCCGGUGUAGAUCCUGCUGAUGUCAAUGAAGUUAUCCUUGGUCAAGCAUUAACAGCCGGACAGGGACAGAAUCCGGCCCGCCAAGCCUCCAUGAAGGCCGGUGUACCGAAGGAAGUACCGGCCUACAACAUUAAUAUGCUAUGUGGGUCGGGCCUUAAAACGGUUGCCCUAGGUUAUCAAGCAAUACGUGUUGGCGAUGCUAACGUGGUUGUUGCGGGUGGGCAAGAAUCGAUGUCAAAAGCACCACACGUCAUUCAUCUGCGCGGUGGCACUAAAAUGGGCGAAGCCAAGAUGGUCGAUUCGUUGUUGAACGAUGGUUUAACGGAUGCGUUCCACGACCUGCAUAUGGGUGUUACUGCAGAAAAUCUUGCCGCAGAAUAUAGCAUCAGUCGAGAGGCCCAGGACACGUUCGCUGCCAAAAGCCAACAGUUGGCAGAAGAAUCUCAACAGAAAGGAUACUUCACGGAGGAGAUUGUUCCGGUUGAGGUUCCAGGACGCAAAGAAACGAUUAGGCUCGCGGUCGAUGAAUACCCCAAGCAUGGUACAACGAUGGAUGGAUUGGCCAAGUUGCGACCGUGCUUUAUUAAGGACGGUACGGUAACACCGGGUAAUGCUUCCGGGAUAAACGAUUCAGCUGCAGCUGUGCUGCUGAUGUCCGCGGAGGAGGUCAAGAAGCGAGACGCUAAACCAUUGGCAAAAAUCGUAGCUUAUGCACAGACUGGAAUUUGCCCUAAGACGAUGGGUGCUGGACCGAUAUCAGCCGUGCAAGCUGUGCUACAAAAAGCCGAAUGGAAAAUGGAUGACGUCGAUCUUUUUGAAUUGAACGAAGCGUUCGCCGCUCAAGCACUGGCCGUCAACAAGGGUCUUGGUGUCGAUCCGACGAAGGUUAACGUUGGCGGAGGAGCAAUCGCUCUCGGCCAUCCAAUUGGAGCAUCAGGUUGUCGUGUGCUUGUAACACUUCUCUACGCUUUGAAGCGAACAGGCGGCAAGAAAGGAAUUGCAUCGCUAUGUGUUGGUGGUGGAAUGGGUGUCGCGAUGGCCGUGGAAUUGGUGUAAGGUUUUAUUUGUUUACCGCAAUAUUCUCUGCAACAUGUGUACUUAUGAUUACCGAUCGAUAUGUAUUUUUGCGUACACGCAUGUAUUUUCCCUUUAUAUAAAAAGUAUUGUUCUGUUACGCAGACACCGCCCUUUGCAAAACAGCAUAACCAUAGGUGAAUUGGUAAUAAACGGAUGAUUAACUUGUAA